UGACUCAGUGCUGAACACGUCUCCAUGGAAACCAACAUCAACAACGAGGUGAGGCUGUCGUCUGCAGCUGACUGUGGACAGCAGAAAAAAAACAGAGUAUUAGGAUGACAUCCAGACAGAUGGCGGCCUCCUGAGGCUGCACUCAUCCCGCUGCUUCUGGGCAAACAAAGCUGCAACAUCACUUUUGUCCUGGACAGCUCGGAAAGCAUGAGAGCUGUUCUGGGGUCAGUGAAACGCCUGCUGAUCCAGACUCUGCUGACUAAAGCUUCAUUCAGGGACUCGCUCUUCAACAUCAUGACGUUCUCAAACAAGGUGAACCACUGGUCCCACCACAUGCUUCCCUGUGCUCCUGACACAGUGUACACAGCCCUGUCUUGGAUCCACUCCAUCAGCUGCAGCCCCGGCAGGGAUCUCCUGGCCGCCCUGAGCUUGGCCCUCGCUGACCCGGCCUGUCACGCCGUCCACCUGCUCACUGUCGACCUUCCGGACCAGCAGGAGGCCGUGCUGAGAGCCCUGCCCGCCCUGGCAGCCGGGAGGCCUGUGAACGUCCUCUACCUGCAGGACUCAGGUGGUCAGCUGGACAGCAACACCAGGGAUUACCUGCAGUGUCUGACUCAGGCCACAAGAGGGAGCUGUUAUGUGAUUACAGACAUUUUGAAUGGGAAACUGGGGAAGGUGAUUCCUCUGCAUGUUGCUGAGAGCCAGUCAUCAGUGCCAAUCAAUCAAGUCUCUCCAGUCAAGUAUUGCUGUCCGUCCGCUUCAGUCCUGAUCCCGCAGCACAACACGUCUUCACCUCUGCUCCGGUGCAGUCUGGAUCAUCCUCUCCGCCCGUUUACUUCCUGUGUGCUGUCUGGACGAACCCUGGGCGGAGCAGAGUUUUUCCCUGGAUGCCGUGUUCUGGCCAGGAGGGAGGUGGACGGCUUAUAUUACCUGGGCACCGUCAUGCAGCAAGUCCAGGGCCGCGCAGGAGUCUGGGUAGUCGACUUUGACCAUUCACCAGGCGCUGUCCUGGGGCUCGUCUCCUCCCAGAGGCAGCUGGUUUGCUCCCUGGACAUGGUGAACCAUGUCAGGGACCAUACACGCUGUCUGCUACCUGGGGAUGCUGUCCUGUCGCCAUGGGAACCAGACCUGAGGAGAUACGGUCCGGGGAGAGUGAUGGCUGCCACAGAGCGCAGAGAUGGUUUUGGAGCUGAUGGUGUUACGAGUCUCCGGGUGCUGAUGUGGAACGGCCGUGUGUCUCUGGUUCCUGUCAGCCUGGUUUUACCCAUUUUCGCCACCUCACUAUGACAGGAUAGUCAGGGAGCUCCAGAUCCCAACACCAGCUCCCAGUCAACACUGUAGCUGGCUUUGUGCUCACAGCUCCUCCUGCGCUCCCCAGCUGUUCUGCACCACCUGCUCAGCAUCUACACCUUGCUGCUGUUCAGUCACAAACCACUGGCCCUGCACACUUCCACCCAGUUGUAGGUCCAGCCUCGGAGGAAUAGAUGGAUUCACUGGGGCAGAGCGAGAGAAGCAGGUGGAUAAGAACAAUACAGACAUGAGGAAGAGCGACCCUGAGGUGCCCUCCUCUUCCUCUUCAUCUCUUUCUGACGAUGACACCAGUGGAAUGUUUUCUUCUGCAGUGAAGCUGAGGAGUAAACAACAACGUCCUCCCUGGAGGUACUGGAAGAGGACUGGGCCGGAGCCUCAGCACAGACAGCCAGGGAGUGCAGUUUCCAGGAGGACCUCACAACCUGUGAGGUUCAGCUUCCCUGUCCUGCAGAUCAGCGCCUCGCCAAAUCACAGCUCUCUGUUUCAGUCGCUGCCAGACGCUAAAGGAAGGAGAGCGAACAUCAGAGAUGUUUUAGGAGCAACCAACUUCAAACCUCAACCACCUGUAGGACUGCGGCCUUUUUCUGGAAACAUUGCUGCUACUGUUAACACAUAAUAUGUCAGUGCACAGAUUAUAAAACUCAGCCGAGUGUCUAUGAAGUUGGUAAAAACAAACAAAUAAAACAUUCAAUAAAAAACACUUUAUUUUAAUACACUGAUAUGGCAUUAGUGCAGGUAAAAAUACAGUUAAGUGCAUUACAUGAUGUACUAAUUGCAAUACAGUCUAUAUAAUAAUACUCAAGUAAAAUGCAAUAAAAUUAUGGCUUCUCUUUGUGCAGGAAAUAAAACAUUUUGAUAAUGUAAACCCAGUGUAAAGCAGGCAAUAAAACACACAUUACAUAAAACA